CUCUUCCGUGGUAAAAAAAAAAAUCUCUCUACUUCCUUUUCUCUAUUUUUUUUUUAUGGAAUUAUAUACUAGUUAACCGUACGAUAACGAGUCAUAAAAUUUCAGAUAUAUUUUAAUUAUUUUUCUUAAAAGUUUACUGACACGUCAACUCAUACCAUUUUUUUUUUCUCUUAUCCCUUUUUCUUCUCUUUUACACUUAUUUAAACCGAUUAUGCUUAACGCUAACAAACAUCUUCCUAUUCCACAUUCUCUUUUUCUAUUCUCUUCCCCUGUUUUUUCAUAUUGUUGACCUUUAUAUGAACAAUUAUUAUUCUUCUUAAUAAUAUAUUGCUCCCAAAACAGUCUCAUUCAUAUUUGGUUUGCCGUAUUUGAUCCGGUCUCGUUGAAUAAUUCAAUUAAUUCAUAAUCUAUUUAAACAUCCUCUUCUCUCGGUUUCCAUACUAUCACGUUAAAAUUCAAUUGUUCUUUGAAAAAUACCUGCGUAAUUUGAAAGAGGAAAAAUUAAAAAAAAUCAAUGGCGACUGCUAUGGGAAUGAUGAGGAAUGUUGGGGGUUAUGAGUCUGCGUCUGCUUCAUGGAUUCGUUUGAAGAAUUGCGCGAACAAAAAGACGAAGAGGGGUGAGAAUAUUAAAUUUGGGGUUACUUGUGUUUAUUCGCCUUCUGUGACUGAUCCUUAUAAGACCUUGAGGAUUCAACCUGAUGCUUCUGAAUCUGAAGUCAGAAAGGCUUUUCGACAGCUCGCUCUUCAGUAUCACCCGGAUGUAUGCAGAGGAAGUAAUUGUGGUAUCCAAUUCCACCAAAUCAAUGAUGCAUACGAUACUGUGAUGAGUAACUUGAGAGGGGAAACAAAGAGUGCAGAAAUGGAGAUUUACGAAGAAUAUGACGAUGAUGAUGAAUCCAUGAGAGGAGUGAAUGAUCCAGAUUAUGAUAUGUGGGAAGAAUGGAUGGGAUGGGAAGGAGCAGGCAUUCGGGAUUAUUCUUCUCACAUCAAUCCUUAUAUAUAAUUUUUUUAAAUAAACGUGGUGUCUGGAUCAGCUCACGUGCCUGUAUUAUCUUUAAUCUGGAUCAUAAUGUUUCUGUCAAAUACCCCAAAACCCAUCCAUCUUCUUCAAACUCAAAGAUGGUUCGAGGUUUCUGUAUAUACUCAAAGGAGGGAGUUGUAUGUUUUGUACAUAGAUGGAAGUUGUUCCUCCUCUGUAUUUAUCAAUUCUAAUCAUGCAAUGAUAUCAAUGUGAAGUACUUAUAUUACUGGAAAA